CGUUCUACUCAAAGAUGGCGGUGACGAGUACGCCAUGUUUUUUGUGAUGUUCGCGCAUUAGACAAGUUUUUUGAGAAUUAUAAUCUGUAUGAGCAAAAUGGCUGAUGAUGAUCCGUGGUUAUUAAAGGAAGACGGUUAUUUAGACGUGUAUACUGAGUGUAAAAGUAUAAUCUAUCAUGCUAAUCUAAAUGUGUUACUAAUUACUAAUAGCAGGGCGCAAGUAUACGUAUUUGAUGUCAACUCAGGAGUAAUUUUACAAAAAAGUUCUUUAUCUGGCAAAUUAAAUGGAAAACUUCAAGGUACAUAUUUAUCAAAUGGUGUAGAUAAAAUAUUAUAUACAGAUGGAAGAGGAAUUGGAGUACGUAGUGAUUACAAUGGUGUACUCCUUUUGGAUACUCUUUUACAAACACCUGUUUCAAGAAGUGAAGAUGUUGUAAAACUAGAAUUAUUGUUUUCUGAAGCUACUUUGUUAUAUCAAUGUCUACGAUGUGUAGAGCUACCAGGUGUAGAUCAUGUACAAGAAGUAAUUCAAGAAUUAGCGACUCAAACUUUUACAGUGAAAGCCAACAGGAAAAAGGGAAUUAAAGCUCAAAAAUGGAACACGAUAUGCCUGGAAUUACCACAUGGUUCUCUGAAGCUUGUGUGUUCAGGAUUAGUAAUGGAGUUGAAAAGAUUAAAUCGACAUAUUCCAGCAUUGCCAAUUGCUUCUGCUAUCAAUGAACGACUAAAUGGCCUAUUACCAGGCCUGCCAUUAGAGGGAGGUCCUGCUGAUAAAGUAGUAAUGUUUAGUGAAGCUACACGUCGAGAAACUUUUUCAAAAUGGCCACAUAUGAAUUACAAAUGGGCUUUACCGGAUCAAAUGGCUCAAGCUGGUUUUUAUCAUCAACCAAAUGCAACAGGUGAUGAUAGGAUAAUGUGUUUUACAUGCAACGUUUGUUUAGUUUGUUGGGAACCAACGGAUGAACCUUGGUCAGAACAUGAACGUCAUUCUCCGGCAUGUCCGUUUGUUAAAGGAGAAUACACGCAAAAUGUUCCUUUAUCUGUUAUCCUUGCCACAGCUCCUGCACAAGAAGCAGAUGAUAGUGUAAACGUAAUUAGCACUACAAAUGUCAGUGGUCUUGUGGCUACAGCUUCCAAUAAUGGUUUUAUUACUGUGUGGAAUGUGACAAAUCAGUUAAAGAGGGAAGUGUCAUUUUAUGUGGUCUCUCCUCCUGUAGAUCAAGAAAUAAAUAAUAAAGAGUCUAUUCAAUUUGGUUCUGCAAGAAAUUUGGCAUCGUAUUUAAGGACACUUAAUUCAGAAACAGAUCCCUUUGCUGAGUAUAAACACCCAACAUCUCAUAAAGUGCAACUUACAGCUUUGUCUGUAGUAGGUUCUGUAAAGUCUGAAGCUAACGAAGUAACAACAUCUGGUUCUACGCUUUUACCUGUAGAGGCAUUAGACUCUAAAAUCAGGCCAUGUGUAGUGUGUGGUGUUACAGUGAUAGUUAAUAACCCAUCACAGUUGAGAACUUUAGAAAAUGUGUGGGCUGCUUCAACAGAUUUAGCUCCUUCUUCAUCUCUUGUUCAUGCAAUGAACAGUGUAAAUAGUGCUGCCAGUGAUACUUUAGAUAUAAUGAAGGUAGCAGGUGAUAAAUAUGCACCAUCGAAAUUGUACUAUUUAGUAUUUUACGAUUUUUAUCAUAAAAUGGCAAUACCACAACCAAUGAAAGAAGACAAUACUAAGGAUUCCAAAACAAAAAAGACAUUGUCUGGAACGGAAACUAGUACUAGUUCAAACGGAGAACGUCAAGAGAAUUUAUAUCAAGAAUUCUUAGUUAAUAAAUUUUUUUAUGAUGUUCCAGUGAUAGAGGAUGUAGAUUCAGAUAUGGUAGUUAGUACACCUUUCGAGGGUGUUUUUCCGACAUCUGUUUUUACUGCAUCAUCUUCUAAUGGUAUCUAUUCAAAUCCAAUUGGUAUUACAGUACCCCCAACUUCAAGUUCAUUUGAUGCCAAUUUCAACCCUAUCAAUGGUCCAGAACAUUUUGCAUCAACAUCUGAUUUGACAACAGUUAACAAAAAGAGUCUAGAUAUUAUAAAAAUGACAAAGACUGAACCAGUUGUUGUAAAGACUUUACCUAUUGAAGCCCCAGAUUUUCUUAAAAUUACACACAUUGAGCCAUCUAAAGAUGGAAGACAUUUAUAUGUUUCCAUGUGUCCUACAAUAGACAACACAGAUUCAUCGAUGUCAAAUAAUAAUCAAAUGGAUAUUGAUGAAGAGAGUGAAUUUUUCCCACAAAAAGGUUACGUGUAUUGGGACCAUAAUGAUACACAAUCUGAUAGAUUUAUAAACGAUGAAAUGCACGAUGAUUCAACUAAUAUAAAUGCUAUACUACUUGUGUACGCAUUGGACUUUUCUGGUCAAGUAGUAAAAGUUUAUAACGAACCAGUGGUAAAACGCGAGUUACCGGCAGAUCAGGCACCCAUCGAGCAUGUAUUUUUACCUCUUCAGGAGAAAAGUAAAUGUUCCCCGCCUGGUGAAAAUUCUGGCAAGACUACUUCAGGUGUACCAGAACCCGUUGGACAAGUAGCUUUAGUAUGCAAAGAUGGCAUUAUCAGAGUAUUAAAUUUAAAUUCAUUGAAAACUAUUAGCGAAGCAAGAAUAGAAGGAAAAAAAUUUAUUUCUGCAGCUUAUUGUAAUAGUUUAGAAAGAUUGUGUGCGUGUACAAGCGAUGGUGAACUUCACUUUUUUAUCACAACAGAUGAAGAAGAUUUUAUGGAAGAUAAAGAAGAUAUCGAAGAUAUUAAUAUGAUGACAACAGAGGAAAAUAGUAAAAAGAAUACAGUACCUAGCACUUCAACGUCAUCUACUCAAGAUCAAUUAGUUGCGCACAAAUUGAGAUUCUCUUAUUCGGAUUUACGUGUUCUUUAUGAAUUAACACGAUUCGAUCGACAUUCUCCUGCAUACGGUGCUACCGUUCCGCCAUGUUGGAACGAAAUGUUGCAAGCUCAAAGACAACGUCGUCAUCCUCAACAUUUUCAUCAAUCGGAAAAUCAACAUCAUACUCGAACGUGGCGUUUACACAAUGAACGUACUACUUGGGAUGAACACAUAUUUGAAUUAACUCUUCCUCGAAAUGCGGCAGGAAAUAUUGGUCAUAUAGAUGUUUGGUUUAGUUUGCACUCAGUUUGUCAAGAGUUACCAACAAUUCAAAUUACGCUGUUAAAACAAAAUAUUAAAAGAAUCGGUCAUCAAAAGUUUUUGUUGACUCCGGUUGAUGAAAGAAUAGACUUUAACAUAGGUAAUGAACAGAAAGGAGAGAAUCCUGUAGUUACAGAGGAGUACCAACGACAACAUAAUACUGAAAUUUUGUGUGGACCGAUCGAUUUACAUCGAAGUUUAGAUUUGUCUUGGCGUUCUGGUUGUAUUACGUUAACCAGCCCAAAGCUAUUUCGAACUAAAGCUAGAACGCUUCUUGUCCACAUCAAGGCUCUAGUCGACCCUACGAAAGAUAGCACAACAGCAAAAUCGGAAACCAAUUCGUCAGAUAACAAACCACCUACGUCUAAAAAAUUAAGAAUAGCCGAGGUUCGUCCAUUAGUUCCUGGCAGUACAGUUGAACAGUUUGUAGCAGGUGCAACUAGUAAGAAGUUAGACGGUUAUAUUGGUUGCGAUUGGAUACAUGAAGUAUCAAUCACCGUUAGAACGGUACAUCCUACUAAUAUACCAAAUGAAAGAGCGCAGCGAUGUACUAUGUUAGAAUCUAAAAGUUGCUUUCAUAAUUUGUUAAGUGUAGCUUGUUUAAAGACAGCUGACAAGUCUCCCAUUGCACAGUCACUUGCAUUAGAUAUUCUUGUAUGGAUUACCGCUAUUAGGUUAAAGAGAUUACGUAGCAGUCAAAAUAAUGCCGAAAUAAGAAAUUUCCAGUUGGAAACAAUUCGCUCUGUGCAAGCACGGUUAUCUAGUUUAUUAAGAACUUGCCUGUUGCAUGCUGGUCGGAGUAUAGCGCACAAAUGUAUCAAAUUAAUUAUGCUUUGCAACACUGGAUUUUAUAAUCUAGAAGACCCUCCAUCUCCUUCUUUUGACGAAGCUCUUGUAUCCGUUUUGGUAUCGUUGUUACCAUCUAUAGUUGAGGUUCAAUGGGCUGGCUCAUUACGAUGGUUACAGUUAUUAAUUAAUGGAAUCUUACCACGAGAUAAAAAUCAUAGCAUUGCCCGUCAAUGUAUUUCUCUAAUAAAGCAAAUAGCUGCUGAAAUAUCGAAUCGAGUCAAUCCUUAUCACUUACUACUUUCAACGAGAUUCGGUUUGUAUAAUACUCCAUUCGAGACAGAACUUUUCGACAUAGAACCACCGAUGCCUCCAAAAUAUAGUCCAAUACCUCCAACAUGCGUGUCUGAUGCAACUAAUGAACAAAGCGGAGCGUCAGCUGCUUCAUCAAGUUCUGUGUAUUCUCAGGAUGCUAUUGAUUUGAGAGACCUACUUACACUGCCUACACAUCCAGCUAGUGAGCUGGUGGUGUCUAGCAAGUUGAAAGCUUUAUGUGCUAAUCACAAUAUGAAAGGACUCCUCGAGGUCGAACCCCUUCAUUUUACUUGUCAUUCUGCUUCCGACGGUACCAAGAUGGAGAAAAUUGAUCCUGGUAUGAAUACAAUUAAUAUUGGAGCACCUCUUUACGAUAGCACAGCUGCAAGCAAUAAUGGCAUAUCCGAUAUCAAAACUAUUCACCACUCUUAUAACAUGGAUGCUGGAUCGCUAGGACCAGAUGUUCAAACUUAUUGUAAGUCGACACCUAUUUUGAGCGAUCUGCUUAGUCUAUGUACAGGACGAAUGUUAAAGAAGCCAGCUCCACAACUAAUAUUCACACUUGAUGACCAGUCAGACUGUGAUGAGGCUAAUGAUAUGCCUGUCAACAAUCAGACAUGGCAUAAUACACAUAACGAUAUGCCUAAUUCACAUAUAUUAAAUUCUACUAUAACAAAAGAAAAAUCGUCUGUACAAAGUAUCAGUACUACUGUAAACAAAGUUGAAGACAGCAAUCCUAAAAAGCGAGAGGAUGUUACGUUUCCAUGGGGAAGAUUACUAUGUUCACCACCUCAACAGGCACUUGUGGUCGAUCGAAUGCAUUCUGGCGCCCGUCGUUUUGUUAUCCUUGAUUUUGGAUCACCUGUAUUACUUACAGACUUAAUUAUCCCUUGUUGUAGCGACUUGGCAUCGUUGUCUAUAGAUAUAUGGUCAAAAAGCGAGGAAAUUGAUGGUACGCAAUUAAUUGUUGCCGGUGAUAUUGGAAACAGACCAUUAGUUGUAUGCGAUCUUCAACCACCACCUGUGUGUCGAUAUCUAAAGAUUACCAUCAUAGGUCGGUAUGCAAUGUCUCCUACUAUGUGUAAAAUUCCAUUAGGAGUAUUUUAUGGACACAUGGUAGUUCUACCCGGAGAAGAUUAUGCAGAAUUAGAUAACACUUCAGUUUUUGAUAAUACUUUUGAUUCUGCUGUACAAGCUACUAUCAAUACACAGUGCAAUAUUUUAUCAGCUCUUGCAGAAGAUGUUCAAUGCAGAUUUAGCCUAGCCACUGAAAGAUUAAAAAGCCUAUUGGAUCCACUAUUGUGUUCAGAAACCACUAAUGUUAUGCAUAUGCAGCAUUAUCUUUCUUUUAGUAAAAUACCUAAUUGGAAGAAGGAGCAACCAUCAACAAAAAUAUUGGCAACGUAUCAAGAAUGUAUAAUGUUUCAACAUCAACUAAAUGUUGUACGCGGUGUAUGGCGGAGAUUGGAAUCGUGGAAAGGUUCUCAAACCAUUCCAACGACAUCUUUAGCAAAUGCGCCCAGUGAUAAAUUACGAGCUCUCGGCGAGACUUUACUCGAUAUUCUUCUUUUUGCGGUAUAUGAAAUUGGUCCCAUGCCUAGCAUACCACCAGCAAUAUGUAAUGUUUUUACACCAACGGUUUGCGAGAAAUUUUUCCACUCACUUUGCGUUGUUACACCAGCUCCGCGUUUGCAAUUACAAGCUGUUGCGUUAUUAACACGUAUGGCUGGUCAUCAACCUUGGUGGGGUAAUUUCUUGUCUAAUAUUUUCAUCAAUCUCUAUUCAUCGUCGUCCACGCAUAUAUUUCCACAAGACAGAGUGUUUAUUUUGUUAACACUUCUUGGACGCAAAUCAUUGAUUGCGGGAGUUAACAGAUCUUCUGUGAUAGAUGCAAUGGUUCAAACUUUAGGCAAAUUAUUGACACCAUUAUCAAAUGCUCAAACUUCUAAUACUAAUCAUCUGGAUAUAACACUUAUUGGUUGGGUAUUGCUUUUCCUAUCGGUAUGUUUGGACACCAUAGCCAUUUCACCUCCUUGUUUGGAAGGGAAUAAUGAAAAAAGUAGAGAGCAAGGUCUACUAUCCCGUUGGGAAUUUAUUCAAGGAGAAUCUGCAAUGCAAAGGAAAUAUGGUAAUGCCAGUCGGUCUCCAGCUUCCUAUAGUUAUAAAAAAUUACAGAAACGAAUAAUGUAUCACAAACAACAACUUCAAGAGCUGGAACAAGCAAAGAAAGUAUUUCAGACAUCAUCACAGGGAUGGGGCAAUCUUUCGUCGCAUGCAGCCUCGUUUUUUAGUAAAGUAGAAGCAACGUUAAAGUCACAGGAACGUUUCUUCAUAAAAACAUCAAAGCAAAAUUCUGCCAAGCAUUUCAAAGAUUUCCUCGGUAUUCGUAAAAAUGAUACGCAGCACGUGUCGCGCGGUUCGCGUACACAACCACAGGCUAAUACCAGUUCUAGUAAAUCAGAAGGAACGGAUAUGGACGUUGAAUACAUAUCUAACUUAUCUCACCAACACGUCCUACCAGUUGCACGUGGACUUAUUGCUCUUAUUUUAUAUAAUUCUGCUAAUGUGGAUAUGUUCCUAUUAGCUUGCAAGGUAGUCGCUAGGUUAGUGAUAUCUACACGUCCCGCAAUUAGCUUGUGCGAGCUUAUGAGCGAAGAACAGCUCUUAAAAUUAGUCAGGUUGGCAACGGGUACCUCCGACGCUGCCUGGUCUUCGCACGCGGUCUCGUGCCUUUUACAGGACUUACUCGAAGGUGAAAAAUUACUUCCAAAAACGUGUUCCACCCAGGAAGGAAGUCCAUCCGAAGAAAAUUUCGAGUGUCUCGUUACCGAGAAAAAUCGAACACCGGAAGAAGAAUACACUGCCGCGGCUGAAACAAGUAAUACUACUGUUCCUCUUGGUAAUGAUGAAGGAUUUGCAGAGGGCGAAGGGGAGGAGGAUGCUCAAGACAGUAUAGUAGUACCACCUGCAGCCGCUUCAACAUCAAAAUCAAAUGGUUUUCUGCCGUCUCUUUUAGAAUCUGAUGACAGUGAAUUCGAAGAUUUCUUAGAUGAUAUUUUAGAGCGUGGUAGAAAUCUGUUGAAGAAAGGUCAUCCAUUACCUAAAAACGUGAACAUUUCUGGCUAUUUUUAUAGUAUUUCUUUGGCGAUGGAUGCAAGAUUAGAAUACGGAGUUGAAAUGGGAAUAGAGAUAUCACUAAGAAUAUUGUCUACCUUUAGCAUGUAUAAUUUACCUUACAGUAUAAGUACUUCGAUACAUGCACCACCGGAGUCAAACCGAUAUUCUCAACAAUCAUCGUCGAGAGUUGAAUCUGGGUGGAAUGAGAGGAGUCAGGAUACUUGGAAUUCAUCCGACACAAUGUCGUCAAGUUUAUUAAUGUUGACAAGAUGCUUUGACAAAAUAUUUACAGACUUAUAUUUGCAGAGCGUUGGGACAAACUUAGAGCUUGUACUUCAAUUAUGGUUAACACUAAAUUUGAAUGCAUCUUCAGAACAGCCUAGUUCUUCGAAUCAAUUUGAUCCUUCAUUAUCACCUGUUAUUCCACUGAGUUCAGCAGCUAUUUCCAGUCUUAUAUCCGCAUUAUCUUGGCACCCCGGAGUGUCUUUGCGAGCUUGGUGCCUUGCUCUCCAAUGUUUGACCCUGGCAAGUAACCAACCGUUACAGACAGAUUCUACGGAAGCUACGAGCAGUAGACAACCACUAGAUGGUCUUUUGGGUGGUAUGGCUGGAUAUAUCGUGAAAGAACGCAUGAUGGGUCCAAUGCUCUUACGUCUACUUUCUGGUAGUGGAUUAAGCGUUAAUGCCAUGGACAAACAAUACAUUAUGGCUGGACCUACUGUAUGCCAAGCACUACAAGAUUUUCUAGUUAGGUUAAAGAUGAGAUGCGAUGUAAUUACACCUGGUAGCUCUUUAGGAAAUGCAUUGAACGGGUUGUUAUUGUGGGUGGUGUAUCAGCUCGUACAACCUGGCGGAGCACUUUCUGCAAGAAGAGGACCUCUAGACGCACAGUACAAACUUAUAACUUCGUUAACGAACUUAAAUUUCGCUAAUACAGAUUUGGGAACUGCAAUGAGCGUAACUGAAUGUGUUGGAGUAUUAGUUUCUACCUAUGUUAGGGGCCCUGGAGUGGGAGCCCAGUGUGGUGGCACGGUUAACUUAGAAAAUCCAUCACGGCGGUUCAACGGUUUGUUUGCUUGUGUCUUCGGUGGUGAUACAAGGCAAGGUCGGCCAGUUUCAUGGGACACUUUAGUAGUUGCUCUUAUCGAAUUAGUAUGUCGACUCAUUCAAACUCCUUUGCCCGAGAGUUGUGCAGGACGAUCUGAUGCAAUGAGAAUCGAUCUUUCCGAGACAAAUCUCAAUUCAUCAAGCGAUAUUAAUGAUUCUGAAAUGAAACUAAAUACUUCGCAAACAGACGAAAGUAAAGUGGCCGAGCAACAGUCUUCGUCUCGUGUACAACAAUCUACAUCUAACAAACCCCGUGUGCGAUGUGUCGCAGACACUGUGUUGCAACACGAACCUACUAUGAUGCGAUUGUUAAGUGCUCUCGGCAAUAGCACUGGUUCUUCCUUAGCUAUGCUAUUAGGCGAAAGUGCUGAUGCAGGAGCAGCAACUGAACUCGAUGAUCCUGCUUCAAUACCGGAUGCUACAUUCCAACUUUUGACUACUCUUACUAAAAAAGCGAGCAAUCGUACUUUAGUCCUGAAUCCGCUUUAUCAAUAUCUCUCCUCCUCUUGUGGACAAAGAAAACUGGAUCGCCAGUUGGGCAUCAUGCAGCUGUCCGAACCUCUUCUUUGGUAUAUAUUAAGUGUUCUCGAUAAUGAAGUAUCAUUAGCAAUGUUCACAGCGAUGGGUGGUGUUAAAGUACUUUGUGAAAAUCUGGUAAAAUCGAGCAACAGCGGCAGUAACAAUUCUGCAUCGCCCGGUGUGAUUGCACUGGUGAUGGAACAUUUAUCAAAUGCUCCUAACAUGGUACCAGUCGCUUCUACGAGUAGCAAGAAGUCUGAGAAUACACAAGAAUGCAAAAUUUACGAGGAAACUUUAUUAAAUUUUGCUCCUUUGGGAACAAUAUCUUGGUUAAAUCCUACAACACAAUCGGCAGAUGUUCUCAUACAAAACUGUACGCCUCACAAGCGAGCAAGAACAGCUGCGUGGUUGUAUCAUUGCUACCCUGACGAAGCAUGGGUAGAUCUUACGAUCACUUUACCUUGUGCUAUAUUACUGAAGAAAGUCGAGUUGCAACCUCAUCUUACAUCCUUAGCUACGUGCCCAUCAGCUGUAGCUAUUGAAGUUUCAAGGGAAAGCAACAGUCCUUUAACUCCUGUUUGUCCACCUAUGCCAACAGCGGGUUUAACACUUAUACUUAUCACUUUAUCCCAACCAGAGGUGGCAACGUCUGUGCUCGUUCGACUGUACAAACCUCGUGAUUCUACGAACAUAAGCUUAAGUCAGAUCAAAUUAUUAGGUACAGCAGCAUUUGGUGAAAUAAAAACGAAUCAUGAUACAAUAGAUGAGGAACAACUAACGAAAAGAAGCUUGGGUUGGUUACGAUUGUUGCAUCAAUGUCUGUCGGUGAACACUUUGAACAACAAUCUUGCUGUUAAGGUUCUUAAUUCUGCGGCUUCGGUCGAAGGGCUGAUUGAGGCAUGUUGUAAUUUCUUGUUACUCCCAGCACCGUCUCUUUUCACUCCCGACUUGGAGAGGGUUCUAUUGCAACUAGGCUUACAUUCUCGAGAGCUUGGACUUCGUCUCAUUGGUCUUUUACUCAGCAACAGGUCUACUUCUUUCUUCCAAGGUGCUGUUACAAAACAAGAGACAUCCAUUGUUCAGUCAGUUGUUGGAUUACUUCAGCAACUCUGUUCCGUUCAAGACUCUUGUACGGAAGCUCGUAUGUCUGCCGUACUAUCAUGGCUACGAGCAUCAGCUAUCAAUGGAAUUUCUCGAUCCAGUAAUGGACCUAACGCCAUCAAUCCACCAGCUGUAUAUAUUCAUUGCGUGUCUUCUAUUAUAUGGAAAGCUCAUCAACAGCUGAAUAUUAUUUACGACCUGCCAGCUUUGUUAACGGAUGAACUUUUUAAUGUUUUGUACGAAUGGACCUUAACGUUAGGAACAAAUUCAGCUUUAAAACAAUCAAUUGAUUCUGUUCUUUGCGCGUUUUGCUAUGUAAGACCGACACUGUUUCCUCUACUCCUUCAGAGGGUACGAAUUUUGGUACCUAACAUGGCGACAGAUCACUCUGCAUCAAUAUCGGAUGAUCGUAAAGAAGGAGAAGGACAAACAGACGAUAGAAAGUGUGAAAUUAAUGGCGAGGAAUGGUAUUGCCGCUAUGUGUUAUCGGAAUGCAAACGAUUAAAUCUGACGGAAGGGCAAUUGCUAACUGUUGCUGCAGCGGCUCGUUCUCCGCCUGGUAUCCAACAGCUAAUUGAUUCUGGGCUACCUGCUUUAUUAGCGGCAUCCAUCACUGAAUUCUGCAACUUGGAGAAAACAAAACAAUCACAGCCGAAGGUUGAAAGGAUGUCUACCGAGGACAGUUGCCAAAACAAUUCAUUGGGAAGUUUAACAGACAAUGAUAAAGCUGGCGAAUCUUCCACGCAAACAAAUAAUCAUGCUGGUAGUCUUAACAUGACAGAUCCAGAAAGUAUAGCAAUGGUGUUGGAGUUUUUGACGCUUAUCUGCACAGAGGGGAGGAUGCGUGACUGGCUUGGAAAAGAAGGCCGUGCUUUUUGGUUGCCACUUCUUUCACUUCUAAGUAACCGAUCGAUAGAAAGUCCAUCGUUGUCCUCAUUGAGGUCUUCUAAAACAAACAUGUCGUACGCCUCGUUGGAAAGUGCUGUGAUCAAAUUUUUAUCAAGAUGUUGUUGGUGUCAUCUAGAUAAUCAAAAGUUACUAGCCGAAUUAUUGACCGACGUAAUAUCUCAGCAACGAACAACUUCGAAUAUACGCUAUCUCCACGGAAUUUCGGGUUUCACCAGACAAUUGAUCUUGCAAUUACUUCUGGAGGGUGAGAAAGUAUUAGUGUCUGUAACAUCGGAUACACCUAUGAUAGUUUCAAAGACAGCAACCAAUUACAGUAUGCCGUCUAUGCCACCGCAUCCAGCUCACCUUCUCGGUCAUUAUCAUCAGUUAUUAUACAUGUCCACCCAAUCAACUGUAGCGGAUGUAUUGCAACAAGUAUCUGGUACUUGGCUAUUUUUGUUACUGUCAAACACGUACAAGGGUAAUGAAAGUGGAUCGAGCAACAAUCGUUCCAGAGAGCUUUGGGAGUCUGGUAUGGCUUUCGUGGUAGAUACUUUAAGCGUAGCUGCGGGAAAUACAGCAAAAGAUAAAAGGGCUAAGGAAGCAUCUAACGGAGCACAAGCUCGCGGUCCUGCUGUGAGGAAAUCACGAAUGAAUUCCGACGGAGCGGCAAGCACAAGUAAAACGUCUAGCAACAACGUUCAACAGAAUUCCAGCAAUUCUACCAAUGAACAAUAUCUGAUACACUCGUCGCGUUUGAAUACUCCUCUGCCACCACAGUUGACCAUUGCCCAGUUAUUGGCUAUCGCUGAAGACAGUGGUGUAUCAUUAUCAGAGCCUUGUCUGCAUCUUAUAUUACGUCAGCGUAACAAAGAUUCCAAAGAGGACAUAGCAAAGCAAAGCGAGGGCGAAUUACUGAAUUACAGAAGUAUAGAGAGUUCAUUAGGAGUGUUCAGUGCUGGCGGUGGUUUAGCAGUACUGGCUCGACAUUUGCCUCUGGUAUAUCCAGAUUAUAGACCACCAUCGGUAUCUCUACCUUCGCCUGAACAAACGUACGAAGAGGAAUGGGUUAAAUUAGACAUCAAUGAUUAUGCUUGCGAAGUGUUGGAAGAGGGUGGAAACAAUUCUCCGCGAGCAUCGUCUCCAGCUGUUUACGUGCCACCACAUUCACUGGCUGCUUUCGGCUUGUUCCUUAGACUUCCCGGAUACGCGGAAGUAUUAUUAAGGGAUCGAAAACGAGCCCAGUGUUUGUUGCGGCUUGCUCUAGGCGUCACGGACGAUGGCGAAGGCGGUGACGUGAUAACCUCGCCGUUGGCUGCAUCUCUGCCAACUUUGCCGUUCCAGGUUUUAAAGCAAUUACUCGAUGCUACGCCUGCGACUACCGACGACGGCCUCCUUUUACGUAAAACUACCAUCAAAGUGGGCGCUAUGCUUCUUCUGCUGAACUGUCUGGCUAUAUUCACACACCAAACCAGUCAGAGUGAAAGUUCAGAACAGAAAGCGAGUGGUAAUCAAGGUGACGCAGCAGGACGUAGCGACGAUAGUUCGCAAUCGUACUGGGCGAAGGGCACUGGAUUCGGUACCGGUUCUACUCAACAAUCGUGGAACGUAGAGCAAGCUCUGAUGCGACAGAAAUCCGAAGAAGAACACGUAACAGUAUUACUGCAAGUUUUAGCGAGUUACAUCGGAUCUGGUGGACAGACGCAAAGAGAACUACCAACUCCUUUCCCCGAUCUGUUAGCCAGAUCGUGCUUACUUCCAGCCUUGUCCUCGUAUUUGAGAAACGAUUCGGUGUUGGACAUGGCAAGGCACAUUCCUCUGUACCGUGCCGUGUUACAAUUACUCAGGGCUAUGGCUCUUUCGAAUCAAUUGGCUCCGCUUUUAUUACCAAGAGGUGGAAAGUCCAACGAACCCUCCGUUGUCUCGCUUUUGUCGAACAUGAGGGUUUGCGUGGACACCUACGCUCACAAAAUAAACCGCACAAGGAGUAAUAAGUCGAAGACACUGUUUAAAUAUCCGGACGACACUGAACAAGACGAAGGUUUGGCAACAUUGAUCCCUGACAUUCAAGAAAGCGCUACUAUAGUACAAAAUGCGACUUCAAGGUUGUCAGGAAUCGAAGAAGAAUUACCUGGUCCCAGCCCCACGGGUCCAGAGUUACCCUUACGUUCAAUUGAACAACGAUACUUGGAAGUAAUGAAGAAUUUACAGUUCGAUACAUAUGAAAUGAUUACGGAGAAUCCAGAAACAGGUGGAUACAAAUUUGCCGUAUCCUAUCAUUUUGAAUCGACUAUGAGAGCAGCAGACGAGAGAAGUCACCCCACUAGGGUUAAGAGACUAGCACAAGAAGCUGUCACGCUUUCGACUGCGUUACCUUUGUCGUACAGUAGUAGCGUUUUCGUUAGGUGCGAUGCAGACAGAUUAGACGUAAUGAAGGUACUGAUAACAGGACCAGCGGAAACACCGUACGCAAAUGGGUGUUUCGAAUUCGACGUAUAUUUCCCUCCGGACUAUCCCAAUAGCCCGAUGUUAAUUAAUUUGGAAACCACUGGACGCCACACGGUACGAUUCAAUCCCAAUUUGUACAACGAUGGGAAAGUUUGCCUGAGCGUAUUGAACACUUGGCAUGGUCGUCCUGAGGAAAAAUGGAAUGCACAUACCAGUAGUUUCCUUCAGGUUUUAGUGUCGAUACAGUCAUUGAUUUUGGUAUCUGAGCCUUACUUCAACGAACCGGGGUAUGAACGGUCACGUGGUACAACGAACGGAGCUCAAUCUAGUCAAGAGUACAAUGCGAACAUUUGCCAGGCUACUGCUAAGUGGGCGAUGCUUGACCAAAUUCGCAAUCCAUGUCCUUGCUUCAAAGAGGUUAUACACACCCACUUCUGGAUAAAGAGACACGAAAUCGUUGCACAAUUAGAGGGGUGGAUAAGGGAUAUGGAACUGCACGGAUCAGACCGCAGGUCUGGCCGUACUCUUUCUCUGAAUGCUUUAGCUUUAAGGAGACACUAUAGAUUGCUGAGGGAAGAGCUGAGUAAACUGCCAACACCCGAAGGUUUAGAAGACUUAGUGGAACCACUCGCGUCCCCAGGCUCGCCUAUCGAAUUGUCAGGCACUCCUGGCACACCGAGCACGCCACCAACGUCGACGGUUCCCCCGACCAGCACAGUUUCUACUCCGAUAAGUAAUCCUGCUGUUCCCAUCAGCAACGCCGGUGGUAGUAAUCACGUACACCACGAUAUCGACACGGACGUUGAGAUGGAGAAGAUGGUUUCAAAAGUGUGUGAAUAGCUAAAGGAUGUUAAUAGACAUUGUUGGACAUUUUGAAAAGUCUAUAUUGUUUGUGUUAUGACGGACAAAAUAACGGACUGUGACCGAAGGCGGAGAAAGGGAGAUCCUAGUAAUAUGGUUCGAAUUUUCAAUUGAUUGACGAAUGAUGAAUUAAAGUCGAGUGAAAGAUUGCUACAUGCCGAGAUAUCGAUGAUACGGGAUAACCAGUAAGAAUGAACCGAAUAAACGUGUGCGUAUGAUGUGCGUGGUAAAGGGAUUUAGUAAUAAAAAGGAGGGAAAAAAAAAACAAAAAAAGAGAGGCGAUGAAAUGAUUAAAAAAAAAACGUGUAAACAUAGAUAAGGAAUGCAACGUGUGAUCGAAUGAUUGAAUGAACUGUGAAAUUGAACCUGAAAGUAGUAAUGCGAAAGAAAUAGCAAACGAUUAAAAGCUUAGUAUGAAUGUGAACAAAACUCGUACGUAGCACGUAUUUUCUAUGGCUACCGCAUAUACUAUAUGUAUGCUGUAUUCUACUACUUCGUAUUACUGUAAGAAACAACUGUUAUUCAAUAUUUAUUAUACGUGUUCUUCUCGUUUACGUAGCCGGUACUCCCCCCACCCCCCACCCCCCGUAUACCAGCAAUGCGGCUGAUAUUAACUGACCAUACGUUUCAGCGAAACGAGACGAUUUUUUAAACAAUUUGGCCCAACAAUACGAAAAUUUGUUUCCGAGAAAUAGGCCAGAUCUAGCAGUUUGAACAAACAAAAGAUUGAUCAAUGAGAUUUGAAUCGUUUUUCCUAACCAGAAAGGCAUAAUUUGCGAUUUACUUUAAUUUUCAUCGUUGUUAUUGUUGUUGUUGCUGCUGCUGUUCUCAUUGCGUGCGUGUGUUUUCUUUUCAUUUAUUCUAUACAAAUCGUCUCAACUGAUUAUCUCAGCGUCGCAUUGCGAUCGAUUUUCGAGUAGAGAAACGAAUGGAAAAAUAAAAAUAACGAUGACAGAAAAUUGCUCCAUAACGCAAAAGAUGCUAGCUAUGCAAUUGAUACACAUGUGCGCAGUGUGUAAUUUAAUAUUUAUCGUGCCUGUAUCUAUUACGGUCUUGCAUUGUAUUUUUUACAUGAAAUAACUUGGACGACGACUGUUCUCGUGGCUCGAAAGCAAUCGCGUAUCUUUUUUUUUUUUUUUUUCAAACACCGAAUUUCGUUCAACUAUUUCAUUGAGAAACAAACGCAAGAUAGCCUUCAUUUAACCGAUAUAAAUUUUCAUUCGAAUGAUAAAGCAUUCUUCUUUUUUUAUCAACUUCAAACAAAUCGAUCGAAAGGAAAAGUAAAAAAAAAAAAGAACCAAAAUAUGGAUUGUACUCGAUUAUAUUGGACACUUGUUCGUAAUGAAAAGAACAAAACUAUGGACAAUUCGAAUAAUCUGAAACACCGUUGCAUUUGAUGUGGGUAAUUAAUAUAAAACCGACAACUAUGACAUUAUCGAAGACACAGGUGAUAUCCACAGAAGUAUCGUGGACUAAUUACCACGAUUCAUAUUUGGAUUCCUGUUUAUAUAAUUAGUAUUUGUCCCCCUACUUCCCCUCGUUCUCUAUCAGCGAAUUAAUUACACGGAUUAGCUGUAAAAAUCACUGGGUCGAUUUGCGCUACCAAGUGAUCGAUGAUCGUUUCUUUCUUCUGUAAAUAAUCGUCACACGCGAGUAAUUAAUACUGCAUUACAAGUAAAUGUUUGUAAUUCCGAAGUAAACUGGAUAACAAAAAAAAAAAAUAAUGCUCCAUUGUAACGUAUACUAUUGCAUGGAUUCCUAAGCAAUGAACAAAACGAAAGAAAAAACACGUAAAACGAUUGUACGUGGCAGGAGAACGUGUUAAUAGUUAUUUAUAAUAAACGAUUAUUAUCACGCCA